AUGCUGAAAGUGGAGGUGGGCCGCAAGAUUUCUGCAGACACGGACCGCUUGUCCCGCACGCAGGACUUGGCUGAGCUCCGCCAGCACCUUGGUGGAACGGGGGUGAUCAAGAAGAUUUUGGCGAGCCUGGAGGUUGCCAAAAGCAAGACUGUGGUGGUCGACUUGUUCGCGCACGAUGGAUGGGUUCCACUUGCAUGUUUGCAGCUGCACAUGGAAAACCAUUCUAUUGCAUGCGGGUCUGUGGCUCACUCCGAGAUCGAGUACAAGUUCACCAAGGAAGGGGUUGAACCAGUUUUAGAGGUGCUCCUUCAUGACUUCUUUGGCCGGGCCAAGACGAAGCAGCUGAACAUUGCAGGCUUCCCCGAUUUCACCGCGGCCUUGGCCGACUUGGGCAAAGUGCACACGGACAGCUCACGGCCGGACUACGAGUACCUCGUGACCAUGCCUGUGGGUGGUGACCUGAUCGUGCUUGAGGCUUUGAUGUCCAAGUUCGAGAACUCGGCCUUUGCGGGUGAGUUUUCGGGCGUCUUGAAAAAGCACGACGAGGAGUUCAACAAGCAGCGCAAGAAGGCCACCCUGGCAGAUGCCCGGUCUGAGCUGGAGAACGUUCGAAAGAAGCGCGAGGCCAACACGCCCAGGAAGCUCGAAAAGGCUUACGAUGACAUGACCGCUUUCCGUGAGGACCACAAGCGGCUUCUUGAUAGAUUUGCAGUGGACGGUCUGUGGGUAUUCGAUGUGCUCGGGCUCCUCGAGACCACGUGUGGUGACGUCAGCCUUUACUACGACUCGGAUGACAACUCAUUGUGGGUGGGGUCUGACCGGAUCUGUGGCAUCGCCGCAAAGACGGAGUGGCUUGGCUUUGGCUCAGGCAAUUUCGUCGAUGGGCCUACGGCAAAGGACGUCCUUUCGGAUGCAAAUGGCCGUUGGUAUCGCUACUCCUUGGCUGGACCCAUGUCUGAUGUGAUCGUGAUCUUUGAAAGCGACAGAAAGCUUCCAGAGGAACUCAAGUCGCUCCCCAUUUGGAACCAGGCCGUGAGCUUGAAGGAGUUCCUAGUGACCAUGGAGGACAAAGGCGAGAUCGUUUCAUUUAUGGGGCACACGAAGGAGAAUGAUCAGCUCAAGGUCGAUGAGAACAUCGUUUUCAUCAUGGAUGACACGAAGUCCAGCCCGGUGAGACCUUUGAUUUUCGGUGCACACAUGGAUGCUGCGAAGCUUCGCUCUGUUCGUAAUCCUUUCAAGCUGACCUGGCGCCCCCUUGGUUUUCCGAAGAUGGAUGUGGCCAGCACUGACACCUCUCCUUCCUUCAAUUCGCCUCCCUUUAACCUGGAAGCCUAUGAGACCGACUUGCAGUCGAUGAGUGCUGCAGCCAAGCAAGGGGAAUCAAAACCCAAGGCAGAAUCCACUGCCCUUCGGAAGCUCGAUAGGUUCGAGGUGAAAGACAGCGAGGAUGAGGAUCUGGGGUCAGCCGAGGAGCUGGACCUAGAGGAGGAUGAAGAGGAAGAAGAAGAGGAAGGCGGGAGAAACAAAAAAAACAAGUCGAAGAAAAGCAAGAAGAAGAAGAACAGUGAGAGUGACGAGCCAGACAAGAAAAGAAGCAAGCGUGACGAUGACGACGAUGCAGAAUCCGAUGACGAUGAGGCGCCCAUGAUGUUAUGCAUUCUGUAG